AUGGCACAAUCAGUGCUGGUACCACCAGGACCUGACAGCUUCCACUUUUUCACGAGAGAAUCGCUGGCAGCUAUUGAACAACGUAUUGCCGAGGAAAAAGCUAAGAAGUCCAAACAAGAACGCAAAGACAUCGACGAUGAUGAAAAUGGACCCAAACCCAAUAGUGACUUGGAGGCUGGCAAAUCGCUGCCCUUUAUUUAUGGAGACAUCCCUCCAGGAAUGGUGUCUGAGCCCUUGGAGGACCUGGACCCAUAUUACCUUAACAAAAAAACAUUUAUAGUAUUGAAUAGAGGGAAGGCGAUCUUCCGAUUCAGUGCCACCUCUGCUGUGUACCUGUUAACGCCUUUCAACCCUGUUAGAAAAAUAGCUAUUAAAAUUUUGGUACAUUCAUUAUUCAGCAUGCUCAUUAUGUGCACUAUCUUGACCAACUGUGUAUUUAUGACCAUGAGUAACCCUCCGGAAUGGACAAAGAAUGUAGAAUACACAUUCACUGGAAUUUAUACCUUUGAAUCGCUAAUAAAAAUUCUUGCAAGGGGCUUCUGUUUAGAGGGUUUCACUUUUCUUCGAGACCCAUGGAACUGGCUCGACUUCACAGUCAUUACAUUUGCAUAUGUGACAGAGUUUGUGGACCUGGGCAAUGUCUCAGCGUUGAGAACAUUCAGAGUUCUCCGGGCAUUGAAAACAAUAUCAGUCAUUCCAGGCCUGAAAACUAUUGUGGGAGCCCUCAUCCAGUCUGUGAAGAAACUCUCGGAUGUAAUGAUCCUGACUGUGUUUUGUCUGAGUGUAUUUGCACUCAUAGGGCUCCAGCUUUUCAUGGGGAACUUGAGGCAUAAAUGUCUGAUCUGGCCACCAGACAAUUCUACUUUUCAGAUAAACAUUACUUCCUACUUCAAUAGUUCUGCGGGAGAAAACGGUACAUUUAUUAAUACUACCGUGACCACGUUUAACUGGGACGAAUACAUCGAUGAUGACAGUCACUUUUACUUCUUAGAAGGACAAAACGAUGCUUUGCUCUGUGGCAACAGUUCAGAUGCAGGCCAAUGUCCAGAAGGAUAUAUGUGUGUAAAAGCUGGUAGGAAUCCCAACUAUGGCUACACAAGCUUUGAUACCUUCAGCUGGGCCUUCUUGUCUCUCUUUCGGCUGAUGACUCAGGACUUCUGGGAAAAUCUUUAUCAGCUGACCUUGAGAGCUGCUGGGAAAACAUACAUGAUCUUUUUUGUUCUGGUGAUCUUCCUGGGCUCUUUCUAUCUGAUCAACUUGAUCCUGGCUGUUGUUGCCAUGGCCUAUGAAGAACAGAAUCAAGCCACCAUGGAAGAAGCAGAGCAGAAAGAAGCAGAGUUUCAGCAGAUGCUUGAGCAGUUGAAAAAACAGCAAGAAGAAGCUCAGGCAGCCGCUUUAGCUGCAGCAGCAGGCGAGUCUCGAGAGUUCAGCGAAGUUGGUGGUGUAGGAGGGUUCUCGGAGAGUUCUUCGGCAACAUCAAAGUUGAGUUCAAAGAGUGCUAAAGAGAGAAGGAACAGGCGGAAAAAGAGAAAACAGAGGGAACAAUCUGAGGGAGAUGAAAAGGAUGAAGAUGAAUUUCAUAAAUCUGAAUCAGAGGACAGCAUUAGAAGGAAAGGCUUUCGCUUCUCCAUCGAAGGAAACAGACUGACAUACGAAAAACGGUUUUCUUCCCCGCACCAGUCUUUGCUGAGCAUUCGAGGAUCGCUGUUUUCCCCAAGGCGCAGCAGCAGAACGAGCCUUUUCAGCUUCAGAGGCCGAGCGAAGGAUAUAGGCUCCGAGAACGACUUUGCUGACGAUGAGCACAGCACGUUUGAAGACAACGAGAGCAGAAGAGACUCUCUCUUUGUCCCUCACAGGCACAGUGAGCGGCGCAACAGUAAUAUCAGCCAGGCCAGUCGAUCAUCCCGGAUGAUACCUGUACUUCCGGCAAAUGGGAAGAUGCACAGCACUGUGGAUUGCAAUGGGGUGGUUUCCUUAGUGGGCGGGCCUCCGGCUCUCAUGUCACCCACAGGCCAACUUCUGCCUGAGGUAAUAAGAGAUGAAGGCACCACUACAGAAACGGAAUUAAGGAAAAGGCGCUCAAGUUCUUACCAUAUGUCUAUGGAUUUUUUGUCUGAUCCUACUGCAAGACAACGGGCAAUGAGUAUAGCCAGUAUCCUUACUAACACGAUGGAAGAACUUGAAGAAUCCAGACAGAAAUGUCCUCCGUGCUGGUAUAAAUUUGCUAACAUGUGCUUGAUCUGGGAUUGCUGUGCUCCAUGGUUAAAAAUAAAACAUGUUGUUAAUUUGAUUGUGAUGGACCCAUUUGUCGACCUUGCGAUCACCAUCUGCAUCGUCUUGAACACCUUGUUUAUGGCCAUGGAGCAUUAUCCAAUGACACCUCAGUUUAAUAACGUUCUGUCAGUCGGAAACCUGGUGUUCACUGGGAUCUUUACAGCAGAAAUGUUUCUGAAGAUAAUAGCCAUGGAUCCAUACUAUUAUUUCCAAGAAGGCUGGAAUAUUUUUGAUGGCAUUAUCGUCAGCCUUAGUUUAAUGGAGCUGGGCCUGGCAAAUGUGGAAGGGUUAUCUGUCCUAAGAUCCUUCAGACUGUUGCGAGUUUUCAAGCUGGCUAAAUCCUGGCCAACCCUAAAUAUGCUGAUAAAGAUCAUUGGCAACUCAGUAGGGGCGCUGGGAAAUCUGACCUUGGUCUUGGCCAUCAUUGUCUUCAUCUUUGCCGUGGUUGGCAUGCAGCUGUUCGGCAAAAGCUACAAAGAAUGCGUCUGCAAGAUCUCUAACGAUUGCGAACUUCCGCGCUGGCACAUGAAUGACUUUUUCCAUUCUUUCCUGAUUGUCUUUCGAGUCCUUUGUGGGGAAUGGAUAGAAACGAUGUGGGAUUGUAUGGAAGUUGCUGGACAAACAAUGUGCCUUACGGUCUUCAUGAUGGUCAUGGUGAUUGGAAAUCUAGUGGUUUUGAACCUGUUUCUAGCCUUGCUGCUAAGCUCCUUCAGUUCAGACAAUCUUGCGGCUACAGAUGAUGACAAUGAAAUGAACAAUCUCCAGAUUGCUGUGGCAAGGAUUCAAAAGGGGGUCGAUUUUGUGAAAAGAAAAGUGCACGAGUUUGUCCAGAAGGCCUUUGUGAGGAAACAAAAAGCUUUGGAUGAAAUCAAACCACUUGAAGACCUAAAUAACAAGAAAGACAGCUGCAUUUCCAACCAUACUAUAGUAGAUAUUGGUAAAGAUCUUAACUGCCUUAAAGACGGUAAUGGAACCACCAGUGGUAUAGGCAGCAGCGUGGAAAAGUACAUCAUUGAUGAAAGUGAUUACAUGUCAUUCAUAAACAACCCAAGUGUAACUGUCACAGUUCCCAUUGCUGUUGGAGAAUCAGAUUUUGAAAAUCUAAACACCGAGGAGUUUAGCAGCGAGUCGGAUUUGGAAGAGAGCAAAGAGAAACUAAAUGCAUCCAGUUCAUCAGAAGGUAGCACAGUUGAUGUUGGAGUUCCCCAAAUAGGAGAGCAGCCAGAGGCUGAACCAGAAGAAGCUCUUGAACCAGAAGCCUGUUUUACAGAAGGCUGUGUGCGGAAGUUCAAGUGCUGCCAAGUCAGCACAGAAGAUGGGAAAGGGAAAAUAUGGUGGAGCCUCCGGAAGACCUGCUACAAAAUAGUAGAACAUAAUUGGUUUGAGACUUUUAUUGUCUUCAUGAUUCUCCUCAGCAGUGGCGCUCUGGCCUUUGAAGACAUAUAUAUUGAACAGCGCAAGACUAUCAAGACAAUGCUGGAGUACGCUGACAAGGUCUUCACAUACAUCUUCAUCCUAGAAAUGCUUCUGAAAUGGGUGGCCUAUGGCUUUCAAGUAUAUUUCACAAAUGCUUGGUGCUGGCUGGAUUUCCUUAUUGUUGAUGUCUCUUUAGUUAGCUUAACAGCGAAUGCCUUGGGCUACUCAGAACUCGGUGCAAUUAAAUCGCUUAGAACUUUAAGAGCGUUGAGACCGCUAAGAGCUUUAUCAAGAUUUGAAGGAAUGAGGGUGGUAGUGAAUGCUCUCUUGGGAGCCAUCCCAUCUAUCAUGAAUGUACUUCUUGUGUGUCUUAUAUUCUGGCUCAUCUUCAGCAUUAUGGGAGUAAAUCUCUUUGCUGGCAAGUUCUAUCACUGUGUUAACACUUCCAAUGGCGAAAUGUUUGAUAUCAGCCAAGUUGACAAUCAGACUCAAUGUGAGGAACUCAUAGAAAGAAAUGAAACAGCUCGAUGGAAAAAUGUGAAAGUCAACUUUGAUAACGUGGGUCUUGGUUAUCUUUCUUUGCUUCAAGUAGCCACUUUUAAAGGCUGGAUGGAUAUUAUGUAUGCAGCUGUGGAUUCACGAAAUGUAGAGAAGCAACCCAAAUAUGAGGAUAACCUGUAUAUGUAUCUUUACUUUGUCAUCUUUAUCAUCUUUGGCUCAUUCUUCACCUUGAACUUAUUUAUUGGUGUCAUCAUAGAUAAUUUUAAUCAGCAAAAAAAGAAGUUUGGAGGUCAAGACAUCUUUAUGACCGAAGAACAGAAGAAAUAUUACAAUGCAAUGAAAAAACUAGGGUCCAAGAAACCACAGAAACCUAUUCCCAGGCCAGCGAACAAAUACCAAGGCAUGGUUUUUGAUUUUGUAACAAAGCAAGCCUUUGACAUCAGCAUCAUGAUUCUUAUCUGCCUUAACAUGGUCACCAUGAUGGUGGAAACAGAUGACCAAACCGAUGCAAUGGAAACCAAUUUGUACAGAAUUAACCUGAUCUUCAUAGUCCUUUUUACUGGAGAAUGUGUCCUGAAAUUGAUUUCCCUCCGAUACUAUUAUUUCACCAUUGGCUGGAACAUUUUUGAUUUUGUGGUUGUCAUUUUAUCCAUUGUAGGUAUGUUUCUAGCAGAAAUUAUUGAGAAAUACUUUGUGUCCCCCACGUUGUUCCGAGUUAUCCGACUUGCCAGGAUAGGUCGAAUCCUGCGGCUUAUCAAGGGUGCUAAAGGGAUCCGCACUCUGCUUUUCGCCUUGAUGAUGUCUCUGCCUGCCUUGUUUAACAUCGGUCUCCUGCUUUUCCUCGUCAUGUUCAUCUACGCUAUAUUUGGGAUGUCCAACUUUGCCUAUGUCAAGAGAGAAGUUGGGAUUGAUGACAUGUUCAAUUUUGAAACCUUUGGUAACAGCAUGAUCUGCCUCUUUCAAAUUACCACUUCUGCUGGCUGGGAUGGCUUGCUAGCACCCAUUCUUAAUAGUGGGGAACCAGACUGUGACCCUAACAAAGAUCAUCCGGGAAGUUCGGUCAAAGGAGACUGCGGCAAUCCUUCUGUUGGGAUUUUCUUCUUUGUCAGCUACAUUAUCAUAUCAUUUCUAGUGGUGGUAAACAUGUACAUUGCUGUUAUUCUGGAGAACUUUAGUGUUGCAACAGAAGAAAGUGCUGAGCCUUUGAGUGAGGAUGACUUUGAAAUGUUCUAUGAAGUCUGGGAAAAGUUUGAUCCAGAUGCAACCCAAUUCAUAGAGUUUAGUAAACUCUCCGAUUUUGCUGCUUCACUGGAUCCACCUCUUUUAAUACCAAAACCAAACAAGGUUCAGCUAAUUGCAAUGGAUCUACCCAUGGUAAGUGGUGACAGAAUUCACUGCCUUGACAUCUUGUUCGCUUUCACAAAACGUGUUUUGGGUGAAAGCGAUGAAAUGGAUGCCCUUCGUGUUCAAAUGGAAGACCGGUUUAUGGCAGCCAAUCCUUCAAAAGCCUCCUAUGAACCAAUUACAACCACGUUGAAACGAAAGCAAGAGGAAGUAUCUGCUGUCAUUAUUCAGCGAGCCUUCAGGCGCUACCUCUUAAAACAAAAAGUUAAAAAAGUUUCCUACCUUUUUAAUAAAGAUCGGAUCAAAGCUGGAGACGACACCCUUAUCAAAGAAGAUAUGAUCAUUGAUAAACUCAAUGAGAAUUCUACUCCCGAAAAAAACGAUAUGACCCCCUCCACCACCUCUCCACCUUCCUAUGAUAGUGUUACAAAGCCUGACAAAGAGAAAUAUGAAAAAGACAAAUCAGAAAAAGAAGAUAAAGGUAAAGAUAUCAGGGACAGUAAAAAAUGA